UCGUGGGAGUAAGUGUGUAAGUAAAGAAGGAAAGAGGGGAAGAGAGAGAAGGGAGAGAGAGCGUGGUUCCAGGUCUCUCUCUGCUGCUCUCUCCACUUUGGGUUCUCGUACCCAGUCUGACUCAAUGGGGCUCCAGCACUAAGGGGUUAAACGUUAAAAUAAAAGAUAUCUAUUCACCCCAAAGCCCUUCAGUGUUAAGGUUUUGUGCGUGAACAGUGACAGACAUAGGUAACUCAUUAGGGAGAGAGGUAGUCUCCAGAGGCGUGCCUUUUUGUCUGUCGCCUCGCAGAAGGUUCAGUCGGAUCUCUCUCGUCGGCUGGCUUUCUGUGAGAGGAUAACUUCCACCAUAUCCUACACUUACAGCUCAACCAGGCGGGCAAACUACCGCAACACUAUGGAUACUGGAGAUUCUCCCUUCCGGAAGAAACGGAGACCAUGGCGCAUGGACUUCUCAUCCUUUGCCUUGGUGAUCGUGGCGCUCGCUGUGUGCCAAACAACCGUGGUUCGUGCAGACCCAGUGGAUGUGUUGCGGGCUCUGCAGGUUCCCUCUCUCCCUGAGGGUGUGAAGAAAGUCCCUGGCUUCUGCACCUCCCGUCGAUCCAGCAGCCCUGAUCAUGCUUACCGCAUCAGCAAGAAGGCCCAGAUCUCCGCCCCCACCAAGCAGCUCUUCUCAGGUCGAUUCCCGGAGAACUUCUCCAUCAUGGCUCUGGUUAAGGCCCAGGCCGGUCUCCAGGCAUUCCUCCUCUCCAUCUACAGCGAGCAGGGCAUUCAACAGCUGGGCAUUGAAAUGGGACGCUCGCCAGUUUUCCUGUACGAGGACCAAAAUGGCAAGCCCGCCCCUGAGGACUACCCACUCUUCAGAGGUGUCAACCUGGCUGAUGGCAAGUGGCAUCGCAUCGCUCUUUCUGUUUCAAAGAAAAAUGUGACACUGCUUUUGGACUGCAAAAAGAAGAUGACCCGCCCCCUGCCUCGGGGCAACAACGCUGAGAUCGACACCAAUGGCAUCACAGUGUUCGGAGCUCGUCUGCUUGACGAGGAGGUUUUCCAGGGAGACAUCCAGCAACUGCUCAUUGCCUCAAACCCCCAGGCUGCUUAUGACUUCUGUGAACACUACAGCCCUGACUGUGAUUCCCCGCUUCCCAAGACUCAGGCUCAGGACCCCAACACAUACAAGAAGGGACCAAAUGGAAAAGCAGCCCCUACAAAAGCUACCCCUCUCAAAGUGAAACCCACUCCAGCUAAGCCAGCCAAGACUGGACCAUCCAAACUUGUUGUCAAGUCGCCUAUGCCCACCAAAGCUCCCAAGCCUUCCUCAGCCAAGCCAACGAAAGCAAAGCCUACUGCAGUAGAGAUCCUCUUGUCUAAGAUCAAACCAACAGCAGCAGCUAAAUCAGAGCCUAAAGCUGCCCCAGCUAAGAAUGGCAAACCAGUUGUUGAGAAGAAAGCCAAUGGUGCUGCUAAAGCCAAUGGUAACAGCAAUGGAAAAGCAGCUGCAGCAAAAGCGAAUGGCAAUGGCAAAGCUACAGCCGAAGCAAAGCCCACAGCACAGGCCAAAGUGAAUGGAAAUGGAAAUGGCAAGGUUGUAGCUGAAAAGAAAGUCAAUGGUAAUGGAAAUGGGGCUACAGUGCAGGUCAAAGUGAAUGGAAAUGGCAACGGCAAGGUCGUAGCUGAGAAGAAAGUAAUUGGUAAUGGAAACGGGGCUACAGUGCAGGCCAAAGUGAAUGGAAAUGGCAAAGUUGUAGCUGAGAAGAUUGUCAUUGCUAAUGGAAAAUCCUCAGCAUCAAAGAAGGCCAAUGAAAAUGGAAAAGCCACUGUUGUGUCCAAAACCAAUGGCAAAGCUACAGCAGAGAAGAAAGCCAAUGGAAAUGGCAAAACUACCAUCGAGGUUAAAGAAACUACAGUAAAAGUUAAUGGCAAAGCUGAGAAUAAGGUUAAUGGUGAGGCUAAGGCUAACGGCAAAGUGAUUACUGUGGUAGAAAAAAAAGUUGUAAGUAAUGGUGCCGCAAAAACUGAAACCACUACAAAAGCAAAGACUGAAAAAGUUGUUAAAGUAGAAAAGAUAGAAAAGACUGUGGUCAGUGCAACUAAAUCAGCUGCCAAAGUAGAGACUACUAAGGCACCUAAACCCACAAAAGCUUCAAAACCUGAACCUACAAAAGCAGCCAAGGUUGUGGCCACCAAAGCUUCAGCAACAAAAACUCAAGAAAAGGCAGAGGUGAAAGAGGUUGUCAAAGUCAAAACUGUGGUCACCAAAGUCCCUCUGGUCAAACCGACAGUGAGCAAAGUAGUGAAGACUGUUGUUGAAAAGGUGAACAUCCCCAAGAAAGCAGCUCCAACAUCUGCCCCUGUUCGGCCAACUCCACCCAGGCCCACAAAAUCCAAGAUGGUGGACAUGAAUGUCAAAUCCCUGCACAAACCUUUCCCACCUUUUGGCGAGGCUGUGCUGGGUGGAACUGCAGUCCAAGCGAAGAAAGUUACCAACGGUUAUCAACAGGACGUAGACACUGAGUAUUCCGAGGCUGGCCACACCCCUACAGAGACUGAUUAUAACUAUGAGGAGAUGGCUCCACUGCCAGAGGGUGAGGUGUUUGGACAAGAAGAAACUCCUGUACAGCCUCAGGUGGAGUCCUCAUUGGUGGGAGAGGAGGUAGAUGCCACCAAGGCAGGCGGUGUGGGCGAGGAGGCCUUCACUGAGGAGUAUGUGACUGGGGACGUGGGCCUUAAGGAAUACGACUAUUCCUACAGGGACUACAAUGAGCCAUUAGUGGAAACUGGAGAGGUCGAUGCCAACAUGGGCCCCGCCUUGUCCGCUGUGACAGACGAGGGAGGCGCUGCAGUCAGAGCCCAGAAGGGAGAGAAAGGAGAACCUGCUGUCUUGGAGCCUGGUAUGCUGAUUGAAGGACCUCCAGGACCUGAGGGACCUGCCGGUCCAUCUGGUCCCCCUGGCUCCUCUGGACCUCCUGGAUCUAUCGGUGAUCCUGGCGAGAGGGGUGUACCUGGUAAGGCUGGUCUGCCCGGAGCGGAUGGAGUCCCUGGACCUCCUGGGACUUCUGUCAUGCUGCCUUUCCGCUUUGGACAGAGUGGAGGAGACAAGGGUCCCUCAGUGUCCGCACAAGAAGCCCAGGCAGCAGCCAUCUUGUCUCAGGCGAGGAUGGCUCUGAAAGGACCCCCUGGGCCGAUGGGAUUCACUGGACGCCCUGGACCCCUGGGCGACCCAGGAAGUAAUGGCCUGAAGGGAGAAAGUGGAGACCCUGGUCCUCAGGGUACAAGGGGACCCCCGGGAAUGAUGGGACCUCCAGGAAAAGCAGGAAGAAGAGGUCGUGCUGGAGCUGAUGGUGCCAGGGGAAUGCCAGGAGAGUCUGGAACUAAGGGUGACCGUGGUUUUGAUGGCCUUCCUGGUUUGCCCGGUGACAAGGGACACAGGGGCGAUUCAGGGGCGUUGGGACCCCCAGGGCCUACCGGAGAGGAUGGAGAGAGGGGAGACGAUGGAGACAUUGGGCCCAGGGGUCUCCCAGGUGAACCAGGACCUCGUGGUUUGCUGGGACCUAAAGGUCCUCCUGGAAUCCCCGGACCCCCUGGUGUACGUGGAAAUGAUGGGCCCCAUGGUCCCAAGGGAAACCUGGGUCCUCAAGGAGAGCCAGGACCCCCAGGUCAGCAGGGAACCCCAGGAACUCAGGGAAUGCCAGGACCUCAAGGAGCACUUGGACCACCAGGAGAGAAAGGUCCCACAGGAAAACCAGGUCUGCCAGGAAUGCCUGGAGCUGAUGGCCCUCCUGGUCACCCAGGAAAGGAGGGGCCUUCUGGCACCAAAGGAAACCAGGGUCCAAACGGUCCUCAGGGAUCUAUCGGCUAUCCUGGUCCUCGUGGCGUCAAGGGAGGUCAAGGUAUCCGUGGACUGAAGGGCCACAAGGGAGAGAAGGGAGAAGAUGGUUUCCCUGGAAUAAAGGGAGAUUUCGGUUCAAAGGGAGAGAGGGGAGAGCUUGGAGUCUCAGGGCCCAGAGGAGAGGAUGGUCCAGAGGGGCCAAAGGGUCGUGUUGGACCCCCUGGUGAGCUCGGGCCACUUGGAUUGGUCGGAGAGAAGGGUAAACUUGGUGUGCCUGGACUUCCUGGAUAUCCUGGAAGACUAGGACCAAAGGGAUCUCUUGGAUUCCCAGGAUUCCCUGGGUCAAAUGGCGAGAAGGGAACAAGGGGUCUUAGUGGCAAAGCAGGGCCCAGAGGACAAAGAGGACCCACGGGCCCCAGAGGGCAGAGAGGACCGAGGGGCUCCACUGGGAAAUCAGGAGCAAAGGGAACAUCAGGAAGUGACGGCCCUUCUGGUCCACUUGGAGAGAGGGGAUUGCCCGGGCCUCAGGGAGCCAACGGUUUCCCAGGACCAAAAGGACCUCCUGGACCCCCAGGAAAGGACGGGCUGCCUGGACACCCUGGGCAGAGAGGAGAAGUUGGUUUCCAAGGUAAAAUGGGUCCACCUGGGCCUCCUGGAGUUGUUGGACCUCAGGGUCCAUCAGGAGAGACCGGCCCCUUGGGUGAGCGUGGCCACCCUGGACCCCCAGGUCCACCUGGAGAGCAGGGACUUUCUGGUCCCUCAGGAAAGGAAGGUACCAAAGGAGACCCUGGACCCCCCGGAGGGCCUGGGAAAGAUGGACCACCAGGACUGAGAGGCUUCCCCGGAGAGAGAGGACUUCCUGGAACCCCUGGAGGUGGAGGACUGAAGGGAAGUGAAGGACCUGCCGGACCCCCAGGACCUGCUGGAUCUCCUGGUGAGAGGGGUCUAGCUGGUACUGCUGGACCUGUUGGACCUCCUGGCAGACCAGGCCCUCAGGGGCCUCCUGGACCUUCUGGAGAGAAGGGAGUUCCUGGUGAAAAAGGCCCUAUUGGCCCAGCAGGUCGUGAUGGAGUGCAGGGUCCUGUGGGUCUACCUGGCCCUGCUGGAUCACCUGGAGUACCAGGAGAGGACGGAGACAAGGGUGAAGUUGGAGAACAUGGUCAGAAGGGCGCCAAGGGAGGUAAAGGAGAGCAUGGUCCUCCUGGUCCACCCGGGCCAAUGGGUCCUGUUGGUCAGCCUGGACCUGCUGGUGCUGAUGGAGAACUUGGAGCCAGGGGCCAGCAGGGACCUUUUGGAUCCAAAGGUGACGAAGGUACCAGAGGAUUCCCAGGAGCCCCAGGACCCAUCGGACUGCAGGGAUUGCCAGGAACUUCAGGUGAGAAGGGAGAGACUGGAGAUGUUGGACCCCUGGGUCCACCUGGACCUCCAGGCCCCCGUGGCCCUGCUGGACCCAACGGUGCUGACGGUCCUCAAGGUCCUCCUGGUGGUUUGGGUAACCCUGGCCCUCUUGGAGAGAAGGGAGAGCCCGGUGAGGGAGGACCACCUGGAAUUGGAGGAGAGCCAGGAAAGAAGGGUCCUCGUGGAGAGCGCGGAGAGAAAGGAGAAUCUGGACAACCUGGAACUGCUGGACCUGCUGGAGGCCGAGGACGACCUGGAGACGACGGACCCAAAGGAAAUCCUGGUCCUGUUGGUUUCCCAGGGGAUCCUGGUCCCCCUGGUGAGGUUGGACCUAGAGGCCAAGAUGGUGCCAAGGGAGAGAGAGGAGAAGAUGGCGAACAAGGAGAAUCUGGCUCCCCUGGACCCCCUGGUGAGAACGGAUCUACCGGCCCCCCAGGAAAGAGGGGUCCUGCUGGAACGAGAGGACCAGAGGGACGUCAGGGAGAGAAGGGAACCAAGGGAGAAACAGGUGCUGUUGGACCCCCAGGAAAAACUGGACCUGUUGGUCCCCAGGGUGUACCAGGAAAACCAGGAACAGAGGGUCUCCGAGGACUUCCAGGAUCAGUGGGUGAGCAAGGAUCUCCUGGACCUUCUGGACAGAAAGGACCACCUGGACCUCUCGGACCUCCUGGUUUGCCUGGCCUGCGUGGAGAACCCGGUUCCAAGGGAGAGAAAGGACACCCGGGUCUUAUCGGUCUCAUUGGCCCCCCAGGAGAGCAGGGAGAGAAGGGAGACAGAGGUAUGCCUGGCCCUCAUGGAACCUCCGGACCAAAAGGAGAGUCUGGAAUGGCUGGAGGAACUGGACCCCUCGGCCCUGCUGGUCCUGCUGGUCCUGCUGGUCUGCCAGGUCCUCAAGGUGUUAAAGGAGCCAAGGGUUCUUCUGGAGGAUCUGGUCCUAAAGGAGAAAAGGGAGUACAAGGACCUCCUGGACCUCCUGGCCCACCAGGUGAGGUCAUCCAGCCCCUGCCCAUCCAGAGGAGCCCCAAGUCCAAGCGCUCCAUCGACGCCAGCCAGCUGCUCCCAGAGAGCGACUCAGACAUGCCUGCAUCCGACGCCACUGGCACUGAGUUCCUGAUGGGCAGUGAAGGCAUGGAGGAGAUCUUUGGCUCUCUCAACUCACUGCGUCAGGAGAUUGAGACCAUGAGAUUCCCACUGGGUACCCAGGACAGCCCUGCUCGCACCUGCCAAGACCUGCACCUCAGCCAGCCAGACCUCAAAGACGGAGAGUACUGGAUUGACCCCAACCAGGGCUGCUCCAGGGAUGCCUUCAAGGUUUUCUGUAAUUUCACUAAUGGAGCAGAGACAUGCCUGUAUCCCAGCAUCAAUACGGUAAAGAUGAGCUCCUGGGACAAAGAGACUCCAGGAUCCUGGUACAGUCAGUUCUCCACUGGCAGCAAGUUCUCCUAUGUGGACUCUAAUGGCGAGCCUGUGGGCGUGGUCCAGCUCGGCUUCCUGCGUCUCCUGAGCAUCCGGGCCCGCCAGAACCUCACCUACCACUGCCAUCGCUCGGUGGCCUGGGCCGACCGAAGCGCCAAGAACAGCUACGACAGAGCGCUGCACUUCCAGGGCGCCAACGAGGAGGAUCUGAGCUACGAGACCAACCCUUACAUCAAGGCCUUGGUGGACGGCUGCUCUUAUCGUAAGGGCUUCGAUAGGACAGUGCUGGAAAUCAACACGCCACAAGUGGAGCAUCUUCCUCUGCGGGAUAUUAAGGUGUCAGACUUUGGGGAGAGCAACCAGCAGUUUGGCUUUGAAGUGGGACCUGUCUGUUUCCAAGGCUAAAAACACACACAUCCUGAGCGGAACAACACUACAAACACUCACACACAUGCACUUAGAGACACAUUGAUAUAAAAACACAGACAUGCCCAGUCAUUUGUAAAUUAACUUGUAAAUGAUAUGAAAACACACACACAUACACACACUGAGAUACACAGAUGCGGUUGUGGGACAAACAAGCGCUCACACUCAAGUACGUGCCUGGGAAACUCAACAUCGUCCCAACCAAUAAUGGACGUCAAAAAUAAGUCAAGAGGAGAGAAAUAAAAACUCGCAGAGAGGAGAUCAUCGUUUGGGCGCACCACAGCAAGAAAGGAAGAAAGAAGCCAGGAGAGAGUGUUUCUGAAGAAUGAAACAGUGUUGUUUUACCAGCAGCCAAAGAGGCCGGCCUGAGACAGAGAACAAGCCGGCGAGAUCUGAAGCCCCUUGUCUCCGAUCCCCCUCUCACUCCUCUCUCCUCCCCACGGUCUCCCCCUUUUUUUAUCCACUCAUCCCACUUGCUCUACCUCCUGCUUCCUCCUUCUUAAAAAAAGGGUCACACUCGGACUUUAUCUGCAUUUCUUUAAUCUCACGUUCACACUGCGGGCAACAUGGUUGACAGUCACUCUUUUCAGACUGAAGAGCGGUGCGACGUAUGAGGCUGAAUGCAUCCGUACGGUUUGAAAAGUUAGUUUGGGUUCACAGCUUUGGUGUUAAAUGCUUCAGUCAAUUGAGAAUUGAAUGUUUUGAAUCAACUUUCUUCUCUAAGCCAGCACUCCCACUCAUGAACCUAAAAGAAACCUGCAGGCGCCAAACUUUGGAAGUAAAAUGACGGCCAGUGGUCAGUUCAAAUCUUCUUUACGGGCUCAGUCAUCUAGCUGUCUAUUUCUGUGACAUGUGUGUAAACACUCAGUGACUUGUCAAUCGUGUUGCUCACAUUGGAAACACUUUUUAACUCACAGCUCUUUUCUUAUUGUAUCAAAAGGAACCAAAGAAAUAAAGCCACCAGUUUCCUCCCAGAAUUAAGAGGGAACCAACCGAAGGAUGCCAUGCUUGUUAGAUUGAAGUUUUUCUUUUGUUACAGCGGCUUCUCUUUAUGAUUAUCUUUCAGUGUCAUUAAAAACACUCUAGAAAUGUGAUUCACAGCUCAUACUAAUGGUUGAAAAAUCUUUCUGGUGUGAUGCAGCAAGGAUUGUAGAGUCCAGUGAGAAGCAGGAGUUAUUCUUUGUUAGACCUGUUUCCUUUGAGAGCAGCAGAAACUCUCUUUGAAUUGUUGGUUUGUUACGCAGGACAAAACUUGCUGCGUGCAGUGAGGCAAAAUAAAGAUGUGUGGAAACCUCGGUCAGGGAAUUAAAUAGCCAUUGUUUUUGUAAGCUGUGCUACGCCUGAUGCUGUUGUACUUACAUGCUACUUGUGCCUUUUAAACGGCUGAUUGGUCUUUAAAUCAAGGAUCAGGCUAUGAGGGUCUCCAUCCCACACCAGUCUAGCAUUUACUGAGUCACUUUCUGGGUACUUUGAUUUUUUUUAAAUCCAAAACAUGUUUUCUGAUUAUCAGAACCUCGUCAGGGUUUAAAUAUGUACAUGGGAGCCCUCUCCCAUCUUUGUUCUCCUACAGCAGUGAAUAAAAUGCAUGCAGAAACUGUGUGGCAAGGUGCUAAUUAUACCAAAGUAUACAAGUUGUAGUAUUCACUUUCCACCCCUCCUUCACUCUCUUUAGUCUCUUUUAUCAUUUCAUGAAGCUUUUUUACUGGGGAAAAUGUGCAUUACAUUCCAUUUGUACAGAAAUAGUGAUAUUCUAUUGUAUUUAUUUAAAACAAACAGGGUGCUAUGAGAUAAAAAAAAGACCACCAAAUAUUCACGUCAAAUGUGGUAUAUUUCAUUUGUAUUUAUUUCCUGUAGCUGACACUCAAGUGUUCAAGUGACUAGAGUGACUUACAUGUUCAACUAUCUUCCAGCUUGAGCUAAGGUGCUUCUGUUCACGCCCUGUCCAAACUCCUCCUGUAGAACCAAAGAAUCUGUGGCCAUAUUUUAUUGUAAUAUCCCUUUUUUUAGUGUUUUCAUCAACUGUACUGUGCUGUUAAAUUUUGCUUCCACUGUAAUGAUUAAAUGGUGACUCUCCAGCUCUGUCGUUGCUACUGUUUCACUCCACGUCUAUUGGUUUCAAACUCAGCUUCUUGCUUAACUGGGCUUUUAAAUGCAUCAAAGAAAUUCAGUUCACUGAGUCAGUCCCUGCAUUGAUCAACAUUUUUAAAUAUGAACACAAUCCUCUGAGCUUUAAAAUGAACAUGUGUGAUUUAAGUGGGUAGGAGGACAUUUGUGAGAGGGAGGGGACGACCCUGUCUGCCGACAUGAGUGGCCACAAGAUGGCAUACAAGGGCUUAGCUUUGUUUUGUUUUUUAUUGUUUGACCUUUUUUAAAGUAUAGCUCAGAAACUCGACGGGAUGGCCAAAACCUUAAAAUGAAUAAAUCUGACUUUGAGAUCCUCCAGAAAGAAUGACCUAAACAUAUUUCCUUUGUUCUGAAGACAAACAUAAAAAAUAUGGUGCUGAAAAGAGUAAAAAGUAUUAUUUUAUAAUGUGUGUAAGUCAUUUUUUUAAAUUCUUGUUUCUGUAAUAUAUAAUCUUUUUAAAAGA